GAGUCGUUUGUUUCGUUUCUGUGCUGUUGGAUGGUGAUCCACAACGGAUGCAAACUGGUCGAUUACUUUGCCUUCUCAGCACUACAUGAGUACACUGUACUACACGUGUGCAGCAAGGAAGAGCGUAAAUCAUGCCGCCAAAAGGAAAAGGCCCCAAGUCCGACUUUUUGCAGUGCGAUGCCUGUGGUGUGAUCGUAGCUUCCAAAGACGCUGCCUUGCACGAGCGGGUCUGCUCACGAUGCAAAUUCGAGGGCGAAAAGUUAGAACACGACUUUAUUCACGAUGGUGUUCUACACGGCACUCUUCAAGAUUAUCCAGGUGAUGAGACACUGACACUGCCCGAGUGGAUGAAGUCUCAGCUGUUGUAUCUCCACCCGUCAUGCAUGAAGAUGUGCAACACAGGGAUCAAGGACGUCGUGGAAGUUUCCCAGGAGGGUCAAACGCAUCUACUCAUUGCGUGGCCAUCGACCAAUGUCGGUCUGACAUGUGUGGCUAUGCCCAAGCGCUUCAGAACAAGCAAGUCCAAAGCAGUUACCAUAAAAAGGCACUGCAGCUCCAUUGUAGCUGCCAGCAGUGUUACAGUGAUGUCCACUCAGGACACAGUGAAGGAAAGUGAUGCAAGCCUCCAAAAAUGCCUUUUGCAGCAAAACAUGGGAAUUUUCACAAAGCCAGGAUCUUCAAUGCAGUGCUGCUUUUACGGACAAAUACUGAACUUUGAAGUGAUUGAAACUCAAGGGGAAGAUGGUUUGUCAUUGAAGAGCCCGUCUCGGCUCUUUUUGUCUCACAAUGACGACAGCUUAGGCGAGAGCAUGAAAAGACUCUCAAUACAUGAAGAGCUAAGUGGCGACCAUAGCUUUAGGGCAACUUCCAUGUCUCCUCGUUCAAGAACUCCAAGGAAGAAUGUUUCAUGGUCAGUACACAGCCCUGUUGCCUUCAGCACACCAAAGUCAUUAUUGCACCGUCAAUGUGAAAGUGAGAAAGUGACAUUUCAUAGAAUCAGAUCCAGUACGGACAUCAUUAUUAAGUCUGCAGAUGAACAGGAUAGUGAAAGGCGUACCUCUGCUGGCUAUGAUCACAUUGGAGGUCUCGACAAGGAGAUACAGCAACUUCGAGAACUUUUUGAAGUGCCCCUGAAGCAUCCUGGGACGUUUGCUCGAUUCGGGUUGAAGCCACCGAGAGGCGCACUUCUCUUUGGCCCUCCAGGCACUGGAAAAACCAUGCUGGCGCGAGCAGUUGCAGCAGAGUCAAAAGCUGCACUCAUUGUAAUAGAUGGUCCCCAGAUAUUUAGCAAGUACUAUGGAGAAACUGAGGCCACUCUAAGAAGCUUAUUCAAGGACGCUUCCGAGAGAGCACCAAGCAUUGUGUUCAUAGAUGAGAUCGAUGCACUUUGUCCCAAACGUGAGUCUGGAACGUCCAAUCAAGAGGCAAGGGCAGUGGCCACACUGGUGUCUCUCAUCGAUUCAUUGCCGCUUGUCGAGGACAAGUGGGUUUUAGUGCUGGGUGCCACUAACAGACCCAACUUUGUUGACCCAUCCCUGCGCCAGCCAGGCCGGCUUGACCGAGAAAUCGAGAUUGGUGUGCCCACUGCACAUGGACGGCAGCAGAUUCUUCAGAAAAUAUUGAGUAAUGUCAACCACUCACUAAGCAUCGAAGAUAUCACAGAAAUAGCAGAUGUUGCCCACGGCCUCACAGGAGCAGAUUUAGCAGCUGUUUGUGCUGAUGCUGCCCUGCGUGCUCUUGAAAGAAACAUUGCAAGUAAGAAUACCCCUGACGCCACCUUAUCCAAAGUUGUGCAGUUGACAAAAGCUGAUAUGGCUACUGCGCUGCGUCAUACCAAGCCAAGUGCGAUGCGUGAGGUUGCUUUGGAGAUUCCGAAGGUGCGCUGGAGCGAUAUCGGAGGAAUGAAAGAGGUGAAGCUGAAACUGCAGCAAGUUGUGGAAUGGCCAUGGAAACACAGGGAUGCCUUUAUCCGUCUCGGAGUGACACCUCCAUGUGGUGUGCUACUGUACGGUCCACCUGGCUGUUCAAAAACCAUGAUAGCCAAAGCACUGGCCACGGAGAGUGGCCUCAACUUCAUUGCAAUCAAGGGACCAGAAUUGUUCAGCAAGUGGGUUGGUGACUCUGAGAGGGCUGUUCGAGAUCUCUUCCGCAAGGCGAGAGCAGCAUCACCCUGCAUCAUAUUUUUUGAUGAGAUUGAUGCCCUGGCUGUGCACAGAGGAAGCACAAGUGGCAGCAGCAACGUGGGGGACCGUGUCAUUGCCCAGCUGCUGACAGAAAUGGAUGGCAUCGAGAAACUGGAAGAUGUUAUCUUGGUUGCAGCUACAAAUCGACCAGACAUGAUUGACCAGGCCCUUAUGCGACCUGGGAGAUUGGACAGCAUUGUGUAUGUGCCACUGCCCGAUGUUGACACAAGGAAGGAAAUUCUGCACUUGAACCUUUCGAAAAAGCCCUUGGGGAAUGAUGUGGAUAUUGAAGACCUGGCAAGUAAAACCAAUGGCUAUUCUGGAGCAGAGGUCGUGGCUGUAUGCCAAGAAGCAGCGCUGCUCGCCCUGGAGGAAGACAUCAAUGCCACGUGUGUCGAGGGUCGGCACCUGGAAGCUGCGCUGAAACUUGUCCAGCCACGUAUCUCUCCAGAGUCCGUCAAAUUCUACGAGUCCUACUGGGCAUCUUCCCAGAGCAGACACACCUCAAAAGAGUCUUGAAUGCCGCGCUCAUCCCUUCGCCUCGGAAGAGGGGAAACCACUCGAAAGUUUCUCUAGCAGGUCUGGUUCACG